CGAAACGGAAGACACAGCUUCGAAGCCAGGGUUGAUUUCCUCAGUGAAAGACUUAAUUGAUGUUUUUCAGCGGACGAAUUUUUCAAGGAGACAUGACGUCUGUCACCCCAUCAACUCUUUCUGCCAAAGAAACCUCUAAUUAUGCUCGGCUGUGUCGCCUUUUUGUUGAGGUAGGAUCUGAAGUGUUGAGGGAUAUAUUUGAUAGACUAUGUCUACCAGAAGACCUUCCCACAGUUCUGGCUCAUCCUCAGAACCAAGCAAAAUUACAAACACUUCGAAAGAAAAGAGUACUAAGUAUCUCCCAGUGGCGCAGACUUUACCCUGCUGUCAAAUCAUCAGUUUCCUUAAGGGACUGUGACAGCUCCCUACUGCUGCUACUUUUGAAGAAUAUUGCUGGUCUGACUCUCCCUGUCUCUGGCUGGAGUAACAUUCCUCUAGGAUCAGACACCUCUGCAGAAGCUGAAAUUACUCGCAUCAAGAUCCUCAGGGACAGAGUUUACAGUCAUGUUACUCAGGGUUCAGUUGAUGAUUCAGAAUUCAGUAUAUACUGGAGCAAUAUCAAAGAAACUUUUCUGCGUGUUGGAGGGCCCCUCUAUGAGGAUGCCAUCAAUGAUCUUAAAAAUUGUUGUAUGGAUGCAGAUUUUGAGGAACAUUACCAAGAACUUUUCAGAGAGUGGUUAAAGGAUGAUGACUACAUCACAGACAAAUCAUAUGAAGGUGAAACAGUGAAAAAGGCCACUAAGGAAGAGGUCAUGAAAGGUUCCAUUGGCAUUUCUGGACAAAAAAUUGGGAUGGAAGAAAUGGCACAAAUGCCAGUGGAAAAAAGGUCAGCAGAGAAUUUCAAAGCCAACCCACCAGAGCUCAGUGUGAAACUUCCAAUUUCUAGUGAUCUUCCAAACUGUUCUUGUCCUUGGAACAAUAUUGCACUCCCUGUUGAUAUUCUAUUGCUAACAGAGGAGGACUGCGAGUUCUUAAGCUGCUUUGCCUACCUGAAAGAACCCGUUAAGAGUUACUACAAAAGUAUUGGCUAUGUGUACUUUGGGUGCAUGGGAGAGGGUGAAGGAGAGCAAAUAAAAACUGCUUUAAUGAAGUGCCCUAAAGGUCUUGCUGGUCCCAGGGGCUCUUUGUCUGUUUUUAAAGAUGCUAUCUUGCUACUGAGGCCCAAGGCUGUUUUUUCUGUGGGUGCAUGCAGUGUUGUGAACAGCAGAAAGGUCAAGCUAGGAGAUGUGGUUGUUUCUUCAAAGCUGAUAACAUCUGCUCACAAAACUCCCUCCAGCAGAGAAAUUAAUACCCUGAUCAAACAUGUGGCUGAUGGGUGGAAGGCACCUUUGCAAAAUGCUGAUGAAUAUCAUACCAAAGUGCACUGUCAUGAAAUGGUUCUUAGUAUCUCGGAAGUAAACAAGGACAUAAUUGGCCAACAUCCUGAGGCAAUUGCAGUUGAAAUGGAAGGUGCAGGAUUUCACUUGUUGGAUUUUAAGACCAAAUGGGCAUAUGUCAAAGGCAUCAAAGACUUUGUAGGUGACAGGCAUUCUUCAAGUGAGAAGUGGACAGAAAUUGCUUGUGUAAUGGCCGCAUCUGUUGUGGCUAACAUUUUGAGUGAUCCAGCCAAAUUUCAAGAUUGGCCCCACUUUAAUGCAGACGAUGUAAAUCAGAUGAAAAGUAAAGUGGGCGAUAUUAGUGACAAACUGGAGACAGUGAUGGCACGACAAGACAAAAUCACAAGUGAUCUUAGUGAGAUGAAAAGUCUGGUAGGAAACCUCGGUGUCACAUUGAUGGAACAACAAGGAGAAACAAAAAGUGAAGAUUGGUUUGAUCCCGCUGAAAUGAUUGCUUACAUUCGCCAACUCUACAAAACCCGCGAGGGUACGUUGAACCUCUUUCCCUGGUGUGAACACUUGAACUUUUCUCUUGGAGACCUCUUCACCAGACUUAAAGUCACCUACAAAGAGAAAACGAGAGGAACAGCUGCGGACCGAGUUGUCGCGAUAUCUGAAAUCUUCAACAUGCACGAAGAAUGUGAAGAACCAAGAGUUGUGUUAAUCGAAGGGAAGCCUGGUAUGGGAAAGACAAUUUUCUGCCAAAAAGUUGCUUUGGACUGGGCAACUCAAAAACCCGCAACCGGAAAUUACUUCGCAAAAUUCCUCAUAGCACUUUUGAUUAAAUGUCGUGAAGUUCAGUCUGAUCUUUGGGAAGCCAUUGAUGAUCAACUUCUACCUAGAGAUAUCGAUGAUGACCAAAGAAAGAGAUUCUUCGACUUCAUUUGCCACAAUCAAUCUAAAGUUCUCCUGGUACUCGAUGGAUUGAGUGAAGUAUCUGAGAGGAAAUUACCCAUGUUCUCAGAAAUUAUUCAAGGCCAAGUGCUGCCAAUAUGUCGCGUGGUUGUUACGACACGGCACGAAGCUGGAAUCAAAGUUCGAAAAUACAGCGACACGCUGCUAGAGGUCGAGGGAUUUACUAAAGAAGAUGCGGUAACCUUCAUCAAAAAUUACUUUAGAGCAAACCCAAACUUGGCCGCGCAGCUUAUCGAACGACUGUCUCAUGAGAAAUCCUGGUACGAAAUGUCGACAAAUCCUCUCUACAUUACUCUUCUUUGCAUGGUUUUCGAAGAUUUUGGCGGCGUAUUUCCUGAAAGAAGGAGCACGCUGUACAAGGACAUAGUAGAGUGUAUCCUAAGAAGUUACAGAACAAAACAGCAACUACCAGAAAUUGAAGAAGGCCUAGUUGAACUUUACGAAAGCGAAUUGAAACACCUUGGCUCUAUAGCUUUGAAAGGUUUACUUGAAGGCAACUUGGAUUUUGACGAAAAGGAGCUUAGAAAACACAAACUAAGCGAAUUGCCUGGAUUUGGAUUUCUCUCAGUCCAACCUGGAGGAAGUAAAGUUAAACCGACUAGACGUUAUGGCUUUCUUCACGAAACGUUCCAAGAAUUCUUCGCAGCAUAUUAUCUCAGUUGUCAGCUCAUCAAGAAAGAAAUAACCACGCACAGCAUAGCUGCUGACAGACGAUAUCGCAAUGAGCUGAAAGAAGUGCUUCUGUUUACAUUUGGCAUUCUAGCAGCACGGUGCCAGGAAACAGCAGAGAACCUUGUAAAAAGCAUGGCAACACAGGUAAACCAGGAGGAGGGAGAGAAGGAAGUCAGCCACAGCAUGAGAAUUCUAUUAGAAUGCAUUUAUGAAUGCGAAAAUGACAACAAUUUCCAUGCAGAAUUGGCCCGCGCUCUUGGCACUUGUCUUCAAAUUGAAGCUAUUGAUAUUUCGACGAUUGGAUUACAUCGAGCUGAGGCUAUCUUACUAUCCAACGUUCUUGAAACAAAUAAAAGUGUGAGAAUAUUGCAUUUAGUGGAUGGGAUCAUUGACGAAGCUGCUGCUGCUGCACUUGCUAAGUGUUUGAAAGAGAAUACGUUUCCGACAGAACUGGAUUUGUUUUUUAAUCACAUUUGUGAUGCUGGUGCUGCUGCUCUGGCUGAAUGUUUGAAAACAAAUACAUCUCUGACAAAGUUGAAUUUGGGUGAAAAUUUCAUUGGCGAAGAUGGUGCUGCUGCUCUAGUUGAGUGUUUGAAAGAGAAUACAUCUCUGACAGAGUUGAAUUUGGGUGGUAAUAACAUUGGCGAUGCUGGUGCUGUUACUCUGGCUAAAUGUUUGAAAUAUAACACAUCUCUGACAGAGGUGAAUUUAGGUGGUAAUAACAUUGGCGAUGGUGGUGCUGUUACUCUGGCUAAAUGUUUGAAAUAUAACAUAUCUCUGACAGAGGUGAAUUUGGGCGGUAAUAACAUUGGCGAUGCUGGCGCUGUUGCUCUGGCUGAGUGUUUGAAAGAAAAUACAUCUCUGACAGAGUUAAAUUUGAGUGACAAUAACAUUCGCGAUGUUGGUGCUACUGUUCUGGCCUAUUGUUUGAAUUAUAAUUCAUCGCUGACAGAGUUGAAUUUGGGUGGUAAUAACAUUAGCGAUGGUGGUGCUGUUGCUCUGGCUGAGGGUUUGACAUAUAAUACAUCUCUGACAGAGUUGAAUUUGGAUGGUUGUAACAUUGGCGAUGCUGGUGCUGCUGCUCUGGCUGAGGGUUUGAGAUGUAAUACAUCUCUGACAGAGUUGAAUUUGGAUGGUAGUAACAUUGGCGAUGCUGGUGCUGCUGCUCUGGCUGAGGGUUUGAGAUGUAAUACAUCUCUGACAGAGUUGAAUUUGGAUGGUAGUAACAUUGGCGAUGCUGGUGCUGCUGCUCUGGCUGAGGGUUUGAGAUGUAAUACAUCUCUGACAGAGUUGAAUUUGGAUGGUAGUAACAUUGGCGAUGCUGGUGCUGCUGCUCUGGCUGAGGGUUUGAGAUGUAAUACAUCUCUGACAAAGUUGAAUUUGGAUGGUAGUAACAUUGGCGAUGCUGGUGCUGCUGCUCUGGCUGAGGGUUUGAGAUGUAAUACAUCUCUGACAAAGUUGAAUUUGGAUGGUAGUAACAUUGGCGAUGCUGGUGCUGCUGCUCUGGCUGAGGGUUUGAGAUGUAAUACAUCUCUGACAAAGUUGAAUUUGGAUGGUAGUAACAUUGGCGAUGCUGUUGCUCUGCUGAGGGUUUGAGAUGUAAUACAUCUCUGACAGAGUUAAAUUUGGAUGGUAGUAACAUUAGCGAUGCUGGUGCUGUUUCUCUGGCUCAGGGUUUGAAAUGUAAUACAUCUCUGAAAAAGUUGAAUUUGGAUGGUAGUAACAUUAGCGAUGCUGGUGCUGUUGCUCUGGCUGAGUGUUUGAAAUGUGAUACAUCUCUGACAGAGUGGAAUUUGG